UCUUCAGUGGCAGCAGAUUGUGGGUAACAAAACACAGAAGAAAGAUGAGUAGCAGUAUAGCGGAGAGGUGGGAGGUGCUAAGCGGCAGCACAAACUGGGAGGGCAUAACAGACCCGCUCGACCUCGAUCUCCGCAACUACCUAAUUCACUACGGAGAGAUGACCCAAGCAACCUACGACACCUUUAACGCCGAGCUGGCCUCCAAGUACGCCGGCAGCAGCCGCUACUCGGAGGCCAAUCUGUUCGCCAAGGUGGGACUAGACAAGGGAAACCCGUACAAGUACGAGGUUACUAAGUACUUCUACGCGACAUCCUCGUACACCCUCCCUGACGCCUUCAUCGUGACCCCCAUUCCUCUGGAUGCGUGGAGCAGGGAAUCCAACUGGAUGGGGUACGUGGCGGUGGCCACCGACCAGGGAAAGGCGGCGCUGGGAAGGAGAGAUAUAAUUGUGUGUUGGAGAGGGACGAUUCGAACGCUGGAGUGGGUGAGUGAUCUUGAGUUGUUGUUAGUGGCUGCGCCGGAGAUCUUUGGCGCCGGUGCUAGUCCUCAGGUUCAUAGAGGGUUUUACAACCUUUACUCCACUGAGAAUCCAGAUUCUGCAUUUAAUACCAUCAGUGCUAGAGAUCAGGUUUUGAGGGAAGUGAAAAGAUUGGUAGAGUUAUACAAGAACGAAGAAGUGAGCAUAACCGUCUGCGGACAUAGCCUAGGAGCAUCACUUGCAACCUUAAACGCAAUCGACAUAGCCACAAACGGAGCCAACACAACAAGUGCCGGAAAAUCAUUUCCGGUCACCGCUUUCGUAUACGCCUGCCCCAGAACCGGCGACCACGACUUCAAGAACGCUUACGAUGCCACGUCGAACCUCCAUCUCUUGCGCAUCCGCAACGUCCCCGACAUCGUCCCGCAAGUUCCGCUGGCUACCCCGUUGAUCGGUUACACGGAUGUCGGAGUAGAACUAACGAUUGACACUACUAAAUCAAGUUACCUUAAACCAAGUGCGGAUCUCUUGAAUUGGCAUAAUCUAGAAGGUUAUUUGCAUGGAAUUGCCGGAACACAAGGCGCCGGACUUCUUGAUGGGUUCGAGCUGGUGGUGAAUCGCGAUAUCUCGCUGGUUAACAAGUCACAAGAUCAUUUGAAGGAGGAGUACAAUAUUCCUGCAAAUUGGUGGGUUGAAAAGAAUUUGGGAAUGGUUCAACAGGACGAUGGAUCUUGGGAAUUGAUGAAUAAUGAAGAGGGAUAUAUUCCACUGCCGCCAUAACUAUUAAUUCCUAGCUAGCUUCCAAGUCUAAGUGCUGAAAGAACCAAGUAUGGUGAUUUUUCUCCAUGAUUCCUUAUUUAUUUCUUAAAAUUAUAUUCCGUGUUAAAACUAGACUUUGUUUAUUAUUUGAUUAUAAAGUUUGUAUGUAUGUGUAUUCAAAAUUCAAAUAAAGGUUUAACUCCAAUUUAAA